AUCCGAACAACAACAAAAAAGCUGCAAAUUUCAUGUCGCUCCAACUGAGACAGUCAAGCAUGACAACGAACGGCAACCAGGCGAAUGGUACGAAUGGCACGGAUCUGUCCAGUGGUCACCACAAAGGAGGGAAGCUGUUAUGGCAACAUCCGUCCCCGCGGUCUACACCAAUGUUCGCAUUUCUGGACUGCGUAAACAAGAAAUACGGUCUGCAAUUGUCAAACUACGAUGACCUGCAUAGAUGGAGCAUCGAUCACAUUGAUAAGUUCUGGGGUCGAGUCUGGCACUUCGUCGGUGUCAGAGCAAGGCUUGAGGCCUCCAGGGUGGUGGAUCCACACGCGCCGAUGUUCCCUCGACCUGCAUUCUUCAAAGGCGCGGCCCUCAACUUCGCAGAGAAUCUACUCUUUCCCGGUUCGGAGCCCGACCCCGAUAGUCCUGCGAUCAUCGCUGCGACCGAGACAUCACGAGAGACCGUGUCAUGGGACGAGCUGCGAAAACGUGUGAAGCACUGCCAAUCAGGACUGCUAGAACUGGGUCUCAAAGAGGGCGAUAGAGUGGCGGGAUAUGUUGCAAAUCACACAAAUGCAUUGGUCGCGAUGCUCGCUACUACCUCCCUGGGAGGCAUAUGGACUGCUGUCAGUCCAGAUACUGGCGUCCACGCCGUCUUGGAGCGAUUGCGGCAGAUACAGCCCACGGUUCUCUUUGCAGAUAACGCCGCGUUCUAUAACGGCCGGAGUCAUCCAGUACUGCCUAAAGUGAGCGAAAUAGCGUCAGAGCUUCCUUCUCUCAAAGCCACCGUCAUCUUCUCAACUGUAGCGAGUGUAGAAUUCUCCACAGAGGCUCUAAAUGUCGGUGCUUCGAAAGCAUACGACUAUAAGACAUUCACGUCCUUGAGGACACACGAAGAGCUUACCUUCAGAUAUCUCUCACCCGACCAUCCCGUCUACAUCCUUUACUCCUCCGGAACUACCGGCGCGCCGAAGUGUAUUGUUCACGGCGCUAUUGGUACAUUACUCCAACACAAGAAAGAGCACAUCCUUCACUGCUCGAUAACACCCGAAUCGCGAAUGUUCUAUUUCACAACCUGUACGUGGAUGAUGUGGCACUGGCUUGUUUCAGGCCUAGCAUCAGGCGCAACCGUCGUCCUGUACGAUGGAUCACCAUUCCGCUAUGUCGACACGAAGAACCCUGAGACAUCUGUCCCAGACGACUUUGCCAUGCAUCGUCUUAUCGAUGAAGUGGGCAUAACUCAUUUCGGUACGAGCGCGAAAUAUCUCUCCAUCCUCGAACAGAAAGCCUUGGAUCCCAAAGCUGCCGGUCUAUCUCUCGGCACACUCGAAGCCAUUUACUCCACUGGUUCACCUUUGGCACCCUCGACCUUCGAAUACGUAUACCUUUCGUUCCCCUCUUCCGUCAAUCUGGGUUCCAUCACCGGUGGUACGGAUAUAAUCUCCCUCUUCGGCGCUCCGAAUCCUCUCAUACCAGUCUACCAAGGCGAAAUCCAGGCCGCAGGUCUCGGCAUGGCCAUAUCAGCAUACGACUAUACUGGCAAAAACAUCACCAAUACUGGCGAGGCCGGGGAGCUUGUCUGCACGAAACCGUUCAUCUGCCAGCCUGUUAGCUUCUGGGGCCCUGAUGGCGACAAAAAGUACCAGAAGAGCUACUUCGACCAAUUCAAGAAUUACGAGGGUCAGCCCAUCUGGAGCCAUGGCGAUUUUGUGCGGUUUAAUCCUCGGACAGGCGGAAUCUGGAUGCUGGGCCGCAGCGAUGGAAUACUGAAACCAUCUGGUGUCCGUUUCGGUUCCGCAGAAAUCUAUAACGUCGUGCUUGAGCACUUUGCAGAAGACGUUGCGGAUGCACUAUGCAUUGGACGAAGAAGAGAGCAUGACUCCGACGAAACUGUAUGCUUGUUCUUGAAGAUGGCGGACGGAAAGAAGUUCACCGAAGAGCUAGAAGGAAAUAUCAAGGCCGCAGUGAAGCAAGCCUUGAGCGCGAGACACGUUCCAGGUAUUAUUGAUGAGUGUCCGGAGAUCCCUAUGACAACAAAUGGAAAGAAGGUUGAAGGUGCAGUGAAGCAGAUUCUGUGCGGCCUGAACGUGAAGACCUCGGCGAGCGUCGCGAACGCUGAGUGCCUCGAUUGGUAUAGGGAAUGGACAAGAACACACUAAAGUUACUUUGCGAUACGAUUAGGCACGAUUUCAUAUAUCAAUGGGCUAUUGGCAAGAUUCGGGUACGGACAACACUGAUUGUGCUGCUUGGUUAAUAGUUAGACUCACAGCCUCACCGGCACGAAUCGGUCACACGGUCGUAAUUGAGGAAGUACGGACUUGCAUGUCGCUUCUACAGAAAGAACUACCAGAUGUUGUAUAAUAUAUGCACGUGAAAAGUAGCAAAACGAAAAUUGAUCUUGAAAUGGUA